AUGCAUUUCUCGCCCUCACGCCUUGUCAUAGGCAUCGCCGUCUUUGUUGCCGUGAGCUUCUUCUACACAAUAAACUCGAUAUCAGCACGCGACCCUACAUCCGUCUUCUUCAACCCACGAAAAGGCUAUGCCCCCCGCUACUCCGCCAUCAGACGACAGCAAGCCGAGUCCUUCAUUUCGUCCUACAACCCCGCCAACGUGACCAAGGCUGGUGGUGAGAAGCAGCGAAAACUAUGCGUGGGCAUACCUUCAUACCAGCGGGACGGCGCUCAAUACCUGCCAGACGCCGUGGGCUCGUUGCUGGACGGUCUUACGCCCGAAGAGCGGCAGGAGAUAUACCUGAUCGUCUUCAUACCGCACUCGAACCCCGAGGCGCAUCCUGCACAUAACGAGGAGUGGUUGGCCGGUCUUGCCGAUGAAGUACUGACCUACGGAUAUGGCUUCGACCGCAUGCAGUACAUUCGUAUCAUGGAAGCACGAAACAACUUUUUGGAGAAGGGUCUAUUUGACUACCAAUAUCUGUUGGACAAGUGUACAGAGAAAUUUACGCCUUAUGUGGCUCUAUUCGAAGACGAUACCGUAGCCGUGGAUGGUUGGUACCACCGUACUCUCUCUGCCAUUCAGGAGGCAGAGCAACAGGCAGCGUUGCAGCGGGCGAAACCCGACUUCCUCUAUCUGCGCCUCUUCUACACCGAGGAGUUCCUGGGCUGGAAUGCUGAGGAGUGGAGAACAUACCUGAAAAACUCGGCAUACGUGGCCAUGGUGCCAACCAUCGUUAUUCUCUUCUUUCGGUUCGCACAGCCGACUACGAAACUCACCCUCGCCCUUGUGACACCCCGCAGCUUCCUGGCAAUGUACACCAUACUUGGCAUAUUGAUUCUUACGUAUUUCGGUCUCGGUCGCAUUACCGUCCAACCCAUGGCUGUCGGCGUCCACGAAAUGCCUCGUUUCGCCUGCUGCAGCCAAGCCUUCGUCUUUCCUACCGUCAAAGCUGGCGAACUCGUUGAUUACUUCAAAGAGCGCCAUCUCGGCUACAUGGACGUCAUCACGGAGGAUUUCGCCAACGAAAGAGGAGAGCUGAGAUACGCAAUCACCCCUCCCCUAGUUCAGCACGUGGGAAGGAAGAGCUUCCACGGCAACGAUAUUGGCCCCAUGAGCAAGUGGAUGUUGAGUGUGGCCGAGAAGACGUGGAGUUUUGCGUUUGAAAAGUUCGAUUGGAGAGCGUUGAAGAGGGAACAUGAAGAAGUUGCGAGAAUGAGAGAUGAAGCGAAAGACAUCGCUGCCGCUGGACAGGAAAUAUAG